AUGUCUACUGUUCUGGCUCUUCUCCCCUGGCUGGCCGCUGCCGGUCUUCUAGGCGGCAUCUACUAUGUGUGGUAUCGCGUCUUUUCAUACCAAGGCAUUCCAACAAGUCUAGCUUUUGCCAACUCGGAUGGGUCCUUUUUCUCUCGCGGUCGAGCGUCUCUCGGCUCUGUCUUUGAAGUUAACACUCUCCUCUGGGCCGGACACCGUGAUUACUCUAAGAAGGGACGGCCAUAUAUCCUCCCUGAUAUUUUCACGGGGCACCAAGUCAUCUUACCGCCGGAGAACUUGCCGUGGUUGAUGAAGCAGCCUGCAAAUGUGCUCAGCCAGCGUGAGAGCAACAACGAGUUUCUCGCAGCCAAGCACACGUUCUUAAACUGUGUUGCUGCCGAUGAUAACGAGUGGACAUUUGUAGUCAAUCUCAUCAAGGACAUCACCAAGGAGCUCAACAACAAGACCAACGAUGUCAUCGAAGAGAUUCAAGCAGCCUUGGAAGACCUCUGGGGCAAUGACACAAGAAAUUGGACACAGGUUGAACUUUUGGACGUUUGUUUGGAGCUCAUGAGCCGCAUCGUCAGCCGCAUGUACGUCGGGUUGCCACUAUGCCGGGAUCCGACUUAUCUUGCUAGUUCGACUCAUUUUGCAAAGUUCAUCUUGGUCGAAGCUCUUCUCGCCCAGCUGACUCCAAAGCCUCUUCGGCCACUCCUUGGUCCUGUUCUUGCGCAGUACGACUGGAUGCAGUUCAAGCGUAUGGACCGCUGUGUCAAUCCCGUAAUCCAAGAGCGCGCAAGACGGUUUGGCCGCAUGGAAAAUGAAGAGAAGAAAGAUCCAGACCAGCCAAGCGAUCUCCUAUCUCGUCUCAUGCAAGAAGCCUAUCGUCGCAAUGAUGACCCGUGCCGAUCACAGAGCCAUAGCAGCAAGCUCUUGGCCAUUCUCAACUGGGCUGCCAUUCAGGUCCAAGGCAUCACCCUUGAGAAUGUCCUGAUUGACAUUGCUCACUCUCCUCAGAGUGCCAGUAUCCAAGACCAACUGCGCGAAGAAGCUACGGCUGCAGACAAUGCUGAUCCUUCCACGCGCUGGAAGCGAGCAGAAGUAGCCAAAUUGCCCAAGAUGGACAGUGUCAUGACUGAGAGUCUCCGCCUCUGGGGGUUCGCCCAUGGCAUCAUCAAAGUAGUUGUGGCCAAGGAUGGUGUUGAUCUCCCAACGGGAGAACACAUCCCGUGUGGUGCAAAGAUUGGAAUUGGGAGCUACGGCCUGCAUCACGAUGCGGAGGUCUAUCCUGGGGAGUCGCCCUUUUCGUUUGAUCCCUUCCGCUUCCUGGACGAGAAGACAGAGGCGCAAACGACCGGGCUCAAGUUUGCGGCCACCAGCGACACCUAUCUCGCCUUUAGUCAUGGCAGAUAUGCUUGUGCCGGCCGCUUCUUUGCGAAUCAUCUGCUCAAGCUGCUCUUGUCGCAGAUCGUGAUGCGGUACGACAUCAAGCCUGACGCAGAUCCCCGGCCUCAGAACCCUUGGUUUAGCUAUGUUUCGCCGCCUCCAAUGGGGUACAAGAUCUCUGUGAGGAGGAGGAAGCAGUAG